UCCUCGUCCAUCCAGUCGGCUCUUUCCCCUUCCUCAAGAAACGAAGCUUCGAGUUCAUCCUUUUAAGAUCCGAUUCUCAGGUCCUCUUCUCCUAUAGGGUUAAAACUUGAGAGAGAAAGAGGAGGAGAAGAGGAAGAAAGAAUAUGGAAGCGGAGAAGACGGCGAUGGAGGAGCUGCAGGCGUUGCAGAGGAAGCUCGGGAAGAAGCAGUCGUUCGAGGAGGCGGUUGCCUCCAUUGCAUCUCUCGUCCGCGGGCAAUAUCCCUCCGCGUCCCCGUCUCUACGCAAAUCGAUGUAUUCUACAGUUUCCCGUGUAGCUACUCUUCUUCAGAGUAGAUAUACCACACCUGCAUUCUGGCUCACUGGUUUAAGGCUCUUUGAAGAAGUUGAAAAACUGGCUACUGAUUCUAAGGAAAAGGAAAAUAUGAGAAAAUACAUUGCCAGAGCACAAGAGCAUUUGAAUGAGAUGGAUACUGAGGUUCCUUUGGCAGACACAAGACAACAUGAAUCUAGAUAUCUAUUUGAAGGUCACCUGACUGUGGAACCUGAACCAGCACCUCCUGCAUGGCUGGUAGCACAAAACUUACUUACCACUCUUGCCGUCGCACAAGAUUGGGCAUCUGUAUCUGAAUCUUCUUCCCAAGGUCAGGAAGAGAAUGCAAAUACAACAGAAAGCUCUAGGGCUAUCCAACUUCCUGACUCUGUCAGGGAGUUAAUAAACAAUAUGCAAGAAGUUGGUGGUUUUCUGGACCUCGAUAAUGCCAUUGAAGCUUCUUUACGGGAAAUCGGUGCUGGGCCACAAAGACCACCACCUGCUUCAAAAGAAGUCGUCGCGAAUCUUCCGGUUGUUACUGUGACCGAGGCAAUCAUGGCUAGGUUAGGCAGUGAAACACAGUGCGCUGUUUGCCGGGAGAACUUGGCAAUAGACGACAAAAUGCAGGAGUUACCCUGCAAGCAUCUGUUCCAUCCACCUUGCCUGAAACCAUGGCUGGACGAGCAUAACUCUUGCCCAAUAUGUCGACACGAGCUGCGCACAGAUGAUCAUGCAUACGAGAGCUGGAAAGAGAGAGAGAAGGAAGCUGAGGAAGAAAGAAAAGGAGCAGCCAAUGCUGUCCGAGGAGGUGAAUUCAUGUAUGUUUGAUUUUAUCUUCACUGGAAUAACAAUCAGAAACUUGUCUAAGUUGGUGUUCAUCUUGUUCUCGGAUCAUGACUAUAUCUAUAUUGAUGGUUGUAUAACAUGUUACGUGUCAUUAAUUCACCACUCUAUUUGAUGAAAUCAA